AUGCCCCUCAUUGACAGCAGGACCCUCCGGCGCGUGAGCCUCUCCUCCCGGUUGUGUGCCACCUGCAAGCUGCCUGAGGGUCCACUCUGCCCCAUCUCCCAGACCAGGGAAUGUGAACAGGUCCCGCGUGGUACAGCGCAGGGGGUGCAGAUAUGCACUUUGAUAGGCCAUCGCUUGUCACACGGUGGGCUGCCCGGCGGUCGCCAGCGCCGGGGCUGCCCGGGGGCCUCGCAGGCCGGCAGCGGGGCUGAGGCGGCGGCGGCGGCGGUGGCGGCAUCUCCCCUCGCGGCAGGCCGGGGCGCCGGGUCCCGGCCUUCCCCCCGCAGGCCCGGCCAGCCCCGGCCCCUCCCUGCCGCCCCCGGGGCUGCGGGGGCAGCAGGGGACUGCCUGCCGCUGGUGGCUGUCCGGCGGAGGCCGGCGGGCACCGCGGAGACGUGCGGCUGUGGAGAGAAAGGAGUUUCUGCCGGCUGUCCCCGCAGGGAGCCGCAGCCGCCGGGGGUGUCCCUCCCAGCCCGGCGUCGGUGGCGGGCUGCGACACAGUCCUGCCCGGGCGUUCUUGGCAGCCCCCGGGGCAAGAGGCCUGUCAGGCUUCAGGGAGGUCGGCAGCGGCAUUUCCAGAGCAGUCCCGUCCCGUUGGCUCUCCUGCUUCCUUCCCCGGGCUGGGAGAAAGGAGGACGUCCUCGAAAGCAGGUCAAGAGAAGAAAAGAAGUGUCAGGAAGUGCUGCAGUGGAAGAAAUGGUGAAGAGGAGAAGAGUGGAAGUCGGAGCGGAGGCCUCAUGCCCACAGUCGGGUAUGGGCAGUUCUUACCUGUUUGACUUAUUUUUUGAACUGGAGCCGAGCGUGUUUGCCAUACGAGUAAAGCAAAGCAUGGAUUUGAAACG